UUUACUGUGUAUGACUAUGUAUGUGACGAAUAAACCGAACUUGAACUUCAACUUGAACAAUAUUUUUCUCUAAUGAUUCUGAUGGAACGGUUUAUGUUUCAGCUGUAGAGGGCGCAGUAAGAAAACAAGUGACUCAACGUUUAGAGAAACGUUUUCAUUUUGUAGUGGAGUAAUGUAUGGUUCAGUUCAGUAUGGUUCAAACUCACGUUUAACAAAUGUGAAUUAGCCUUUAGAAAUUGCCUUCACAACUUGUUUAUUAUUUUUAACUGAAUGCAGAGGGUUCCAUAUUUCCCAUAUUCCACAACGUUUUUAAAACUAAUCAAAUGACUGGUGUUUCUGGUUGGGUGAGAGGGUGUGUCAAUACUCUUGUGACGUUGUUCCAUUAGGGAUUGGACCCCCUGGCUCAUUCAACAAAAAAAAAACUGAUCGUUCACGUGCGACACCUGACCGCCUCCUAGAAGAAGAAAGCAGGCCACAGAUGUACUAAAAUCAUGGCUAAAGUAACGCUUGGAUGCAUCUUUUCUUGGAAGUACCGCCUGUGCAGUGUAUCGAGAGCACAUACAGUGGUAGGUUUUGUGCCCUUACAGACGACAAUGUUCAGCUUUUAAUCCUCCUUUCAGAUUUUGUAUAAAGGAGCGAAACCACGUUGUGUUCAGUGGUCCAAAGUUUGGACGUUAUAACUUUUUCAUGGGUGUCGGCAAAAGGUUCUUUGUCUAUAUGGAGGGAACUUUGUGGAUAUUUCCCCAGUUACUUUGAAGCAGCUAAACAGAGCUCAAAUUAAAAAAUGUCACAAGACAUCUACACCUGUCGAAAUAGAACGACCGUGGAAUCGAACGAAACUCCGGUCAUCAGUGCGCUGAUGUUCGCCGCUGGAGUCCUCGGAAAUCUCUUUGCUUUGGUUCUUCUGGAAGUCCGGCACAGAAAGGAGCAGAGCCGGCAGCGCCAGUCCCUGUUCCACGUGUUAGUGACCGCGCUAGUAGUAACGGAUUUAAUGGGCACUUGUCUAGUAAGCCCCAUCGUACAAGCUGCUCACGCUCUCAACACCACAUUGAUGGGGAUGAGUGACGACGGCGCCGUGUGCAGUUACUUUGGAUUCAGCAUGACUUUGUUCAGUUUGACUACUCUUUCGAUCCUGCUCGCCAUGGCCGUGGAGCGCUCCGUCUCAAUCGGGUACCCAUACCUGUAUGGACGGCAUGUCACAAAGCGCUGUGGAUAUAUCACCAUUCCGUCAAUCUAUUUGCUGUGCACUGUUUUCUGUUCGAUGCCCUUCGCAGGUUUCGGGCAUUACGUUCAAUAUUGUCCCGGGACGUGGUGCUUCAUUGACAUGAAUCCUGCGGAGAAGAAAUACAGGGUUUUUGCCAACAUAUAUGCAACAGUAAUGCUUCUCAUAGUAAUCUUAAUAGUAGUAUGCAACUGUUUUGUAGUUUAUCACUUGAUUCUAAUGUACAAGAGGCGCAAAAUAAACAGGAGAUCUGUAAUGACACGGAGCAAGAAAGAACGAAGACACUUUUCUCUUGCAGAAGAAGUGGAGUACCUUAUACUCUUAGUGAUCAUGACAAUCAUAUUUGUAAUAUGCUCCAUGCCUUUAAUGAUCCGUGUGUACAUCAACUCUACUCAGUCUUCGGACAGCGACAAGACUGACAAGACCGAUCUCAUCGCCCUGCGCUUUAUCUCCAUCAACUCCAUCAUCGACCCCUGGGUUUUCAUCAUCCUCAGCCCUUCCGUGCUGCGCUUCCUCUGGGGGGCGCUAUGCAAGGCCAGCAGAAAGGGUUCCGUCUACAACACCUCCCUGGCCAAGAGCACAGAUAGGCCCCCGGAGCAGGGCCCCAGUAACGCUGUCUCCACGGAGAUCACCCACUUCACCAAGUCUGCCCAGAUGCUGUGACCUGCUGUUCAAUCUGGACUGCCCAUUUGGAUGGAGGCCGUAGAUAUGGCCUAAACCUGCUUUCUGAAGGUUGAGCUAGGUCUUGAGCUUCUGUCUAGAAUGGCUCCCACAUGCUCCCACGCACUCAUUUAAAAUGCAUUGGCAUUAGGAGGGGGUUUCAGAGUGCUUGUUUUUCCAAGUUUAGAAUCCUCUAGAGACAGUUCAAUUUGACUCUCGGAGAGAUAUGAACCCUAGACAUUUUAUGAACAAGAUCAUGGUUAUCCUUGAUCAUGCAGCUCUGAUAGACGCCCCCCCCCAAAAAAACAACAACAACAACAACAACAACAACAACACAUUAUUACAUCAACUUGAAAAAUGUUGUAGAUGCAUAUCCUGGAGUCAUUUGUGGAAAGUUUCAUGGGCUUGUGCUUCGGAGAGAGUCUUAUCGUUCUGGCCAUUAGUGUAGUGCAAACAUUCGGGAUGAACAAAGUGCCGGCCUGUGAAGGUUUACUGGGGACAGCUGUGACUCAGCCGUGACUCAGCCGUGACUCGGCCAUUCCCAAGUUGCCCAUUUCGCAAUACUUAAUGGCAAGACUGGCCUUCCAGACCAGUGGGCUAAUGCGAUGUUCCAGCGAAUUAAUGCUAUGGUCUAGCGGCACAUGUAGACUCUUGCUAAUGCAUGUUCUGCAUUUCUAGCAUUCAGAAACACCCAUGAGAAGGUUCAAUAAAAACCUUAUCGAUGAGACAUUAACACGUAGGUUGUCAAGACAAAGUAUUUAUUGGGGCUUAACAUAAUAUUGGUGACUCACCAAGGCAAAGAAGUUAUGUAAAAGUGUGUGUUUCUGUGUUCAUCUCAAUCAAGUGUUCUCCUGUCAUUAAUUUACACUGGGAUGUCCAAUCUCUUUCACUUCAGAUCAUAUGUAUACUGCGUUUUAUAGUUGUGUGCAUGCAUAAAAUCAGGCAUAUUUGUAGCAUAGUGGAUAUUACAGAGACUGAUAUUUGGAUUGUAUUUUCAGGCACAUUCCAGUUUCAGUCAGUUGUGAAGCUUGUAUUUGUAGCUGUGUGUUUUAUGUGCAAUGUGGGGGACAUUACCAGGUUUGUUUGACUCUUCUUUGUAGUCCAGUGAUAGUAAGAAGGAAGCAAGAUUUCCUCCAUGACUAUAAAGUAAACAAGAUGAGCAAUUUCCUGAACCUUAGCAGAAACAGUCAGGUACCGUCAAAACUAGUAAAGAACACAUUUAGUUUACACACUUCUCAGUUCGAUCAUUGGUAUAGGCUUCUAUAUACAUGAAGCAUAUUAUUCUGUGCUUAUUGUGUACUGCAGCUUUCUGAUCUGUACUGCAGAGGCAAAUAAAAUUUCACAUGCAAAAAAUGAAAACAAACAAUAGCUUAUUCUCCAGCCACAUGGAUGGAUAUAAUUAGGUCAAGAUCACUUAUCUGGAACCAGGAAAAUCAGUAGAGGAACUGUGUCAGUAUUUGGGCUUUUGAACACGAGUUGUCUCACAUGAUCAAUCAAGGGAAGAAGUGAGACGUUCCCCUUUUGUGCAAGUGUGAGAAACAUGGGAGAGAGCCGUGAAUGCCCUCAGGUCAAAACAACCACUACUCCCAUGGCAAUGUAGAGCUGAGAACCUGGAGGUCCCCACCAGUGCAGAGUUCAGUGUUUUCUCUGCAUUAAUAAACCUUUUAGUUAUUAUAAACCUGCCUUAUGAGGUGAAUGAGGGGUGUUAUAUCAGGGAAUUUGUGGCUAUCUUAACCCCAAUGGGUUAGAGUUGUGUGCAUGAUAGAAGUCAUUCACAGUGAUCAUGAACCUCCACAGAUUUCCUCUGUGAUGUUAAAGGUGGGCGAAGCGCUUUGCCUUUCUAAAAAUCUUUGGAUAGAGAGAAAGUAUGAAAAGGAAUCUCAGGAAAAAAAUUACUACUAAGUCUUGUCCACUUCAUACUGUACUGGAUGUGAUUUUUUAAAUACAAUUAGUCAUGCUCAAGACUAUAGCCAUGAUGGCCUACAUUCAGCAGAUAAAUGUGGAUGUGCUUUAAUGUUACCCAACCCUCAAGAGGUCUUGGUCCUUAUAACCAAUUCUGUUUGUCUGUUUCCUUUUUCUCUUUAUGCCAGCCCCUUCUUUGAAAAACAGUGCUAAGGCAACUUCAUAAAAACAGGCCUUGGGGCUUUAGUUAUGGAAAAUUAGAUUUUUAUGGAGUUGUUGACAUUGGCUAGAGAAUUAGGAUGCCAUUAUCAAUCCCUAAAACAUUUUUGUUUUGUUUUGACAUUUUGAAAGUCCCCUCAACUAGUGGGGAUGCCAAUGGCAAUGAUAUCUUAAUGUAACCAUCUGCCGAAAGUCUGCCAAGAGCUCGUCUGCCAAGAGCUCCACAUAAUGCCAGUUUCUCUUGUGCUACCACUCACCAUACUUUAUUGUGCUUGUAAUACCAAAUGCAUAAUACCAACUGUUUAAUAUGACAAAUUCCAGACUACAAAUUGUAAGUGGAAUAGUGUAAUCUCUUCUCUCACUGUUUUUUCUGUGUGUGUGUGUGUGUUUGGCAAUUAUCUCUGUGGUCAUUAAUAAAUAAAUGAGACUACUGUAUAUAAUAAUAAUAUAAUAAUAGAUUACUGUAAUAUAAUAAUUAUAAAUACUCAGCUAUGCUUCUGCAUGUAUUGCCUACCAGUGGGUAUUUGUGGUCAAAUGCAUGGUUAC